AUGCAGAACACCCUGGGACCAGCCUGCAUCUUCCUGCGCAAGGGGAUUGCUGAGAAACAGGGGGAGCGGGAACUGGGAGCAGAUGAAAUCGAAGAGCUCCGUGAGGCCUUCGAUGAGUUUGACAAGGACAAGGAUGGCUAUAUCAGCUGCAAAGAUUUGGGCAACCUCAUGAGGACAAUGGGGUACAUGCCGACCGAAAUGGAGCUUAUCGAACUGUCACAGCAGAUCAACAUGAACCUUGGAGGGCGUGUGGAUUUUGAGGACUUUGUGGAGAUGAUGACUCCAAAGCUGCUGGCAGAGACGGCGGGCAUGAUCGGACUUCAGGAAAUGAGGGAUGCCUUCAAGGAGUUUGACACCAACGGGGAUGGCGAGAUCACUCUGGAUGAGUUGUACCAGGCCAUGCAGAGGCUGAUGGGCGAGCGCCUGACGUCCCGGGAGAUUGCUGAUGUGGUGAAGGAAGCCGACGUCAAUGGAGACGGGACGGUGGAUUUUGAGGAGUUUGUGAGGAUGAUGUCACGCUGA